AUGAAUUUUGUGAAGGUGUCCCUCGAUUCGUACCCCGUCAAGUACUACAACCGAACGCACAAAGUGACCAACACGCUGAGGCUGAAGGGGAUAGGGCUGCUAACCUGGGCGGAAGAGGACAUCAAACGCUUCUUUCAGAGGCUGGACUUGACCUUCAUGGUCUACAUGAUUCUCCAGCAGGACGUCGUGUACGUGGAAUUUUACAAAAAGAAGGACUCCUCCUACGUCUUCAAUCUUUUCAACCACAACCCCCCCAAGGGACAGCUGGAGCGCAAACGGGACAUCCGGGCGGAGUAUGUGAAUGUGCGCUACGACAUUAAGGAGGACUCCCCCACCGUCUAUUCGCGGGACGUCUCUCGCCUGGUGGGCGGCCUCCCUGGAAGGGAAGCCACAACAGAAGUCAAAGGAGAAGCCAACAGUCAGUGUGAAACCAAUAGCCAGCAUGAAACCAACUGUCAGAGCGAACCCCACAGCGAGAGCGAUCUCCGCGCUGCUAACAGCGGGGGGGACGUUUCCAUCCAAGCGGACGCUAUCGGCGAGGACUUUUCCGAAGAGGUCAUUCGCACGUACGAGGAGGAGCAGUGGCUUAAGUACACCAAGAACGACGAGAUCAACCUGUGCCACUACUUCUGCCGGAGCACGCCGAACAAAAUCUACAAAUCCUACUGCGUCCCGGACCCCCGCCUGUUCUUCUCUCGGGAGUGCCUGGACCGCAUAGGGGUCCUCCUGGACGGCCGACAGCCAAACCAGAUUUCCUUCUUGAAAUGUCACGUGAAUAAGGCCGUAGAGUAUGUCAUCGAGUCGAGGCACAUUUUCCAGGACGAAAUAGCCUUCCUAGUUAUGAAGAACGACUUGCCCAUGUCCUUCCUGGACAUUCGAAAGGAAACCAAAACGAACCUACUUGUGGCGAAAAACACCCUCAUCAGGAUUAAGGGCAGAAGGAGGUACGAACUGAUUUGGGGGAUCCCCAAGAAGAAGACGCUUCCGCUGGAGGGGGAGACGAUGCGCCGGAAGGACAGCUACCUACUCAUCUUCCGCUUCAUUGACGAGCCCAGCGUGCGGAAAAUGCUAACGCAGAAGCACAGGAACCAGAAGGUGAAGGACGAGCCGCAGGAGAAGAGCUGCGUCCCGGUGGAGGUUGGGCAGGACAACUCGGAAAGCAUCGAGCGGACGUACGUCCUCGACGUGUAUAAUAAGAUAGCGCAGCACUUUUGCUACACCAGAUACAAAUCCUGGAACAACGUGGAAAGCCUCAUCAACGAGGAGCAGGAGGGGAACCUAAUCAUUGACGUGGGGUGUGGCAACGGCAAGAAUGUGCAGGUGUCAUCCAAGUACUUUUUCAUUGGCCUCGAUUUCAGCUGGCACCUUUUGAAGCUCGCCCAGAGGAAGUGGAACUCCGAUUUGUUUCUGGCCAACUGCGUCAGCAUCCCUUUGCGAUCGAACAUAGCCGACCUGUGUAUCUCCAUCGCGGUCAUCCAUCACAUCGGCACGCACGAAAAAAGACGAAAGGCCGUGGCUGAGAUGGUCCGAUGUACCAAAGUUGGGGGGAGAAUCCUCAUAUACGUCUGGGCCUACGAACAGCAGGAGAACGUCGUGGGCAACCGGAAGUUUGAUUCCCAAGACAUUUUCGUGCCCUGGUACCUUCAGCCGCAGCACACCCUGGAAGGCAGUGAAGACGUGAAUGCAGCAGAAGCGGCCGAGAGGGAAGUCCUCCACCCAGCCAAAAAGGAUCUGCAGAAGCUGCAGAGGUACUACCACGUGUUUCGGAAGGAGGAGCUCCACGACAUGUGCCUGAGCAUCAGCGGCGUCCGCGUGGAAGAUUUUUUUUUUGAUACCAACAACUGGGCCAUUCUCCUGAGGAGAGUUGCAUGA